AUACUUGCUUCUCACUUCUGCUUCCAGUUUCAUUUAUCCUAUACAGAUAAGGAGCGCUAUGAAAAUGAAGAGAGACCUGAUGUCCAAAAGCAGAUCCUCGUUGAUAUUGCCAAGAAGCUACCAGUUUACACAAGGACUGGAAGUGGAGCUGUAAGAUUCUGUGACCAGUGCCAUUUGAUCAAGCCAGAUCGCUGCCACCACUGUUCUGUCUGUGCUAUGUGUGUUUUAAAAAUGGACCAUCACUGCCCUUGGGUUAAUAAUUGCAUUGGAUUUUCCAACUAUAAAUUCUUCCUUCAGUUCUUAGGUUAUUCUGUUCUCUACUGCCUGUACAUUGCUACAACGGUCUUCAGCUAUUUCAUCAAAUACUGGAGAGGGGAAUUACCCAGUGUUCGCUCUAAGUUCCAUGUCCUUUUUCUCCUAUUUGUGGCCUGCAUGUUUUUUGUCAGCCUUGUGAUUCUCUUUGGUUACCAUUGUUGGCUUGUCAGCAGAAAUAAAACCACCUUAGAGGCCUUCUGUACUCCAGUGUUUAUAAGUGGUCCAAAGAAAAAUGGGUUCAACCUUGGCUUCAUCAAAAAUAUCCAGCAGGUGUUUGGAGACAACAAGAAGUUCUGGUUAAUACCUAUUGGGUCCAGGUAG